AUGGAGAAGAACAUGAAGGUCUGUGUUACAGGAGGUGCAAGCUAUCUUGGUUCUUAUCUUAUCAAGAAGCUCUUAGAGAGAGGCUAUAUAGUCCAUGCUACUCUCAGGAAUUUGGGUGAGCCAUCAAAGGUAGGGCUUCUCAAGGGUCUUCCAAAUGCAGAAACAAGACUGGAAUUGUUUGAGGCAGACAUAUAUAAUCCUGAUGAUUUUGGAACAGCAAUUCAUGGGUGUGAACUUGUCGUCCACAUGGCCACUCCCUUGCAACACCAACCCAAAAACUCUCAGGUCUAA